UUUGUGGAUUUUGAUUGCAGUUGCAGUGAGUUUAUUUGUUAAUUUGAGUUUGAUUGUGGGGUUUACAGUGGAAGUUCUGAAGUAAAUUGGCAAGAUUUUGGGGAAGAAGGAUUGGGAUUUCAGUGUGGAUCCGUGCAGUGGACAGAAGGGCUGGGUCACCCAAAACGCGAGCUCAGGGUUUGAGAAUGCAGUCACCUGUGAUUGCUUCUUCAACAACAACACCGUUUGCCAUGUCACUAGCGUAGAUCUCAGCCGCAACUACCUUAGCGGUACUAUCCCUCUAGAAUGGGGCACCAUGCCACUAGUAACCAUAUCCCUCAUUAUAAACCGGCUAAACGGUUCAAUCCCAAAGGAACUUGGAAACAUCAGUACACUCGCCACUCUAACUGUGGAGUUCAAUCAGUUGUCAGGGCCAAUUCCUCUAGAGAUUGGGAAUCUUUAUCGCCUAGAGAAACUGACACCAUGGAUUCAACAUCACAAAGUAAUUCCUCACCUUUGAAGACUCCACUGUGCAAGCACAAUACGACAAGCAAUGUUUACAUAUCACGAAGUAAGAAGAAUCCAGGAAAGAGUUUUGUUUGUUGCCCAUAUUGGAAGGUGGAUGAUUAUGGAUAUUGGAGAUGGUUGGAAGAUGAAAACGUCGAAGAAGAGAGUAUGAAGUCUACUGUUAUAGAGAUUGAAAAGUUGAAAGAAGAAAUGGACAUAGAAAGGAAGAAGAUUAAUGAAACAAAGAAAGACUUGAAGAUGGAAAUGGAACAUCUACAAGCUCUAAUUGUUGACAUAAAGGUUGAAAUGCAAGUAGUGAAGAACCGUGUAAAAGAGUUAGAAGGGAAAAUGAGUGGUUUUGGUUGUUGUGCAAUAUUGGUGAUAGUUGUAGUUGCUGUUGUUUUUGUAUUAAAAAUGUCAUAGUUGGAAAUAACAAAAUCUUAAACAUUUCCAACUUUGUUCUACUUGACUUUAAUAUAUUUUAAAGGAUUAGGUGCUAAACUGCCUAGCUGAGCCAGCUUCUAUUUC